AUGGGUGCAAGGCAUUUCAAAACCUACACGUGGAUGGCUGCGUCUUGGAGCAUGACCUGUGCCAUCUUCCUCCCCAUUGCAGGUCCUCUCGGUGACAUCCUAGGACGGCGAUACUUCUUCAUUGCCGGAAACGCCAUCGGAAUCAUCGCCGGUAUAUUGGCAGCGACUGCGCAAUCCGUGCAAGUUGUCAUCGCUGGAACCACCAUGUCUGGCAUGGCAGCAGCCUUUCAACAACUUGCCAUCGCGGCGGCGUCCGAGAUCUACCCGAAUAAGUACAGAGGCUUUGUGCAAGCCCUGCUGGAGAACGUUCCCAUUGCAUUCAAUGCGGCGGGUUCCUUGAUCGCUCACAGGCUGGUCGAGACGAGAGGCUGGCGAUACGUAUUCUAUAUUUAUAUCGCAAUCUGCGGGUGUGCCAUGAUUUCUACGGCCCUCUUUUACCACCCGCCUCUGCCACAUAAGGAGCAGACCCGCCUACAACUGGCAAAGAACAUUGACUGGGUCGGCGCUGGAAUUUGGAUGGCUGGUCUGACAAGCUUCCUGCUGGGCAUCUCCUGGGCUGGGGGUCAAUUCGCCUGGAAAUCCGUGGCAGUCAUUCUUCCAAUGAUUCUGGGUGUUUUUUUCCUCAUAGGACUUGGUUUCUGGGAGGUGCUUGUUUCCAAGAGUACCAAGAAUCCCAUCUUUCCGCCUCAUAUCUUUAAGAAUGUCCGAGGAUUCACAAACCUACUCGUCACGGUCAUGAUCCUGUCUAUGCCGCUGUAUGCCAUGGCCAGUAUCUGGCCGGCAGAAAUCGGGGCCGUCUUUACUUCUGACCCCAUCAAGAUUGGUGUAUAUGGUCUUCCAUGGGGUAUCGGUUCCUCCUUCGGCUCCUUGAUCACAGGUCUCUUGUUGCAUUAUGUCCCCAGGGUGAACUGGCUUUUCACGGCGCUAGUUGCCCUUCAGACCAUCUUCAUAUCCCUACUAGCAACCAUCACUCCCAGCUCGAUCAAGCCGGCUCUUGCAUUCAGCUUCCUUGGCGGUGCCGCAAACCUGGGCGCGCAGUUAACAGGCAUUGUCAUGGUGCAGUUCUCCACAGGUGAUAAAAACAUCGGCCUUGCUACCGGUCUUCUUGCCUGCGCUCGGUCUGUGGGCGGUGCCAUUGCCAUCUCUAUCUACAAUACCAUCGUUCAGUCCAGGAUGCAGAUUGAGUGGCCCAGGCGACUCGCAGAGGCGACUUUUCCGUUGGGGCUGCCGGAAAGCUCUCUUCCCCUGCUGUUAGAAGCCCUUGCCUCUGGUAAUCAGACGGCCAUUGCCUCCGUCCCGGGCGCGAAUCCAGAGAUCCUUGCCGCUGCCACAGAGGCAACACGGUACUCGUUCGCCGCGAGUUUUAGGGUGGUUUUCUACCUUGUUGCUGGGCUGGGCAGUCUUGCAGUCCUGCUUGCUGCAACCACUCGCGAUAUCAGCCAAUUCAUGACGCACCACGUUGCCGUCGACUUGAACGAAGGGGUUACGUCCAGGUUCGUGGGCGGCACUUCUUCUAAGUUGGCUGUCCGCUCCAUCAAGGGCGAGUUGCUGCUAUCACGAAAUCCCAACAAAAAAAAACAGUUUUCUUCACAUUUUAAGCAUUUUUUAAAACCCAACGCUCUCACAGUUGCCUAA